GCUGGACAUAAUGCGUGAGUGUCCGGCAGCGGAUAUCGAAACUAAAGCUGUUCGUAUGCUGCGUAAUCGCGCCCUCAGAAAUGAUAUUUUAAAAGCCAUUGGUAUUAAAGAAAGAGAAGAUUCACGCGAAGACUAUGAUUCGUGUACGGAAGAUGAUACUUCCGAAACUGCACCUUCAACUGCAAACGUUUCUUUGAAUAUAUCAACUGAUAUUUCUCUCUCUCCGAGCGGUUGCAGCAAACCUACAACUGCAGAUUCAGAUACAUGUCGCAAUAGUAUUGAAAGUAUUCUUAGAUUUGAAACAGCGUGUGAUAGUAAUCUACAGUUAAGGAAUGAAGAAAGAAUUGAAUCAAGCUUAGACACCACCUUUCAAGACUCCAGAACAAAACGAGAGAGUCGAAAUUCGGAAUACAACAUUCAAGAACAAGGAGAUUUGACAUCUAAGAGCCAAGGAAGACUUUCUGCCAACUGCACAUUUUCAGAGCAUACCCAUAUCGAUGGACCAUCAGUCAGCACACACAGAACAAGAUGGACAAUCAUGAAUCCUUUAGAAAGUGGACUGAUAAUUUUGGAAAACUCGAAAUGUGAUAUAAAUUCACAAAUGACGCAUAAUGAGAAGAAUAUUGGAAGCACUGAUGUCAAAUUAUAUCCUGGAACAUCAAAAAGUAUACAAUGUGACAGCCAUUCAUUGUCAUGGACUGAAAAGACAAACUGCCCUGGUUUGAGCUAUGUAAGUGAAGAUGGUGGCUACUGGUAUGACUCUCAGCCAACCGGACAGCAACAUUUCAAUAUUCAGGUCAGUGGUGGUGGAGAUGCGAAUGUUCUUAUUCAUCAGGCACGUCUCAGAACUAAGACUGCCAUGGUACGGGAACCAAAGCACAAAGACACAAACAAAGAUUUUGAACCAGAAAUUCAGUCCAAUAAAAUCACGAACUGUGGAGUGGAAGUAAUGAAUACAGAGCAGUUUAAUUUUAAUUUUAUGCAAGUCGAACAAAAGAAAACAAUAGAAGCUAUCAAGGAGCUCGGUAAAGAUAUGGAAACUAUUAAAGAGGUAAAGAGAGAUACGGAGAUUAUCGAGAAACUAAGUGCAACAUGCCUAGAAAAAGAAACCUUUCCAGAUGUACUUUCAUAUUCUACUUCAUGUCUGGACGAAGAUGAAGAGAAUUCUGUGUUUGGAGAUAAUGCUAACCUUCUGGAAGUAACAUCACUCAAAUAUUCCCAUGCAAAAACUGACGGCACUGAAGAUGAGGACAAAAUUUAUAGAGAAAACAAGCACAUACGUUUCGACAUAGAUAUCGAUGAAAAUGAAACGGCACAAGCUAAUAAUGAGGAAGAAAUGAUAGGUUUUAAUGACUAUAAAAUGUCUAGUAUAUCCGGAAGUUUACAAUCGCUUUUAUUGCAAGAUGUUGACGAGGGGAAAGGAUCUGAUGAAACUCUGACAGAAGAUAUCGGUGACAUCGAUAACAGCUCUUCCCUUGGACUAGAAACUAAUGUUCUAAAUGUUUGUUCUAGCCCACCUGCAGAAGGUCCAAGUUAUUCUGAAGAAACACCAUUCCCAUCUAAAGGUAAGGAGCUACCAAGGACCCCAGUACCAUUAAAUGAAAACACACUUCCACUGAAAUCAACGCCUGAAGAUGGUACUCCGCAACAAGCAGGUGCAUUGUCCCAACGCAAGCCAAAAGGAAAGAAAAGUAUCGAAAAUAAGACGGCCGUUACCGGAAAAAAGAAACCUGUCGUUGAAGAUCGCAAAUUUCAGAAGCAGACUCAGAAAAAAGUUGAUGAUGAAGAGCUUUUGAAACAAACUUCAUUAGUUAGUGAUGCAAAUAAUACAGCAAAAUGGGCCGGAUGCCAAUGGCGAAGAGAUCUGGAAUACGCAGCAAAAGGUGGAACUUGUCCCUGGGCCGAGAAAUUUGAACACACCGUGAAAAAUAUGAAACCUUUCCCCUCAAAUGAAAUAGCAGACGCCGAAAUGAAAAAGACAUUAGAAGAUUUAUAUGGCAAAGCGUGGAAAGAGAAAGAAGAAGCCAUGCUGAUAGUGAUACGCUUAGCUAAACACCAUCCCGAGAUCGUACUGGACAAUGCAUCAAAAAUUAUCGUUGCAGUCUGCAACGAAAUUAAAAAUUUUAGACAAUCAGUUGCUGGAAAAGCUAUUCUAACAUCUGGAUAUCUUUACUCGAUUAUGGGAAAACAUAUUGAAAAUAAACUGAGAAUGGUGGUAGCUGUUCUGUUAGCCAAGUCUGGAAAUCGAACCCUUGCCGCAUAUUUCCGUUUGGUUAUUCAGAGCUUGUUCAAGAUUGUGAAAUACACUGCUCCUCAGAAAUGCGCUAUGGCUUUCAUCAACGAAGGAGGCAAGCAUCCAAACAAAGCUUCACGGGAAACCGCUGCGCAAUUCUUAACAAUUUUAACCUCUAUGAUGGGUCCCGAAAAUAGUCUUACGCCUUUCAUGGCUUCUCAUGUGAUGAAAUGUGCUGCUAUGUUUGCAACUGACAGUUCCGCUCUUACAAGGCACUGUGGGAAACUCAUGUUUACCGUUUUGAUGAAACAUCCUGAGUUUGAGAAGUUAAAGGAUCACUGGCUUGAUAUUGACACCGCGCAAGAUUUGACAAAGACAUUGGAAUCAAUAAAAACGAAGGAUUCACUUAAAUCGCGUUUGGAGGUAGCUGCUGGAUUCGUAACAGGUGAAACUUGUACAAGUAUCUCUAAUACGUCUUUCAGGUCUCACGAUGUUUGUGGAGGAAUUGCAUAUACCUGUUGUUUGAGGUAUCCGCACAGUAAAAGGCCCAUUGGAAUCAGAUCAAGUGAACUUGGUGGCCUGUCUUCGAAACCACCAUACCUUCCAUCAGGUACUGCUUCACUAGUAUGUCUAGUGCGCAGGCGCGCCGUCAUAUUGGAACCCUCCAUUCCGAAGUUGAAGCAACGGCAGGUUCUGAACAAGAUCGGAUAUUACGUUAUGUAG